AGAGUAGUCUUGUUAGUUGAGAGACGCCUAGUCCUAGAUCGACAGCUACCGACGACUGCCUCUGAGAAGUGAGAUUCUGAGGAUCUAGCGAGCGGAAAGGACUCGUUCCUGCCCUGCUUCGGCUAGUGCUUGGCAUCAGGCGAGCUGUCUGGCCGUUCAUUGCCGGUGUAGAUUGAGCAGUAGUCAGGCAAGCUUUUACCCAGCUCGACCUUGAACUUUGAAGGCGACCGAUCUAGACUGCUGCCCGGAUAAAUAGUGGCGCAGUAGUUAUUCUGCCCACGAAUCACUGCCAUUGGUGGAUUGAUCUACCCUUUGCGUGCACGCCACAGACUCAGGGCCGCGUUGUCACGAUAGCAAGGAGGCUCGAGGCUGGCCUCCCUGAUAAAAAUCGCAAGAAAAGUAGGACAGUAUAAAACGUGGAGAACGCCGAAUUCUGGAGCUAGCUGUUGGUUGUAGCUGAUUUUGCGGGCAUUUUCAUUGGAAGGGGUUGGAUUUCUUCUGCAGCAAAGCGCGCUGUGUGACGUCUGAUGUCAAGUACAUGACUGCAGUGUACUCAGUAAUCCACUGACUGUUCCCGAGCGCUAGCAGUUGCCAGUGAAGUCGAGCAAUUAUUAUUUGAGUUGCCAAGCUUGAGCAAAGCCCAGCGCAUCGCUUGGAUAUUUUCAAUCCCUACUAUACGAAACGUGUGGGGAGCAUGGACGACGGAGCGACGACCGACGGAACGUCGAGAUUACCGUUCACUAAGCUCAGCGAUGAGAGUCUUCAGCGGCAGCCGGAGGAAGUGUUUGACUUGCUUGAGAAGCUAGGCGAAGGUUCUUAUGGAGCAGUAUACAAAGCAAUGCACAAGGAGAGUGGCCAGCUGUUGGCCAUCAAGAAAGUGCCAGUCGACACGGACCUUCAGGAGAUCAUCAAGGAGAUUUCUAUCAUGCAGCAGUGUGAUAGUCAGUAUGUUGUCAAGUACUACGGUAGCUAUUUCAAAGAUCAGGACCUGUGGAUCGUCAUGGAAUAUUGCGGUGCUGGCUCUGUGUCAGACAUCAUGAGAGUGAGACGGAAGACAUGCAAAGAAGUGGAGAUAGCCUCAAUCCUAAAGUACACUCUUCUUGGAUUGGAGUAUCUUCAUGGAAAACGCAAGAUCCACCGUGACAUCAAGGCUGGAAACAUACUGCUCAACAGCGAAGGACAUGCCAAGCUUGCUGACUUUGGAGUUGCCGGCCAACUAACGGAUACGAUGGCAAAGCGGAACACGGUGAUCGGAACGCCGUUCUGGAUGGCGCCGGAGGUCAUCCAGGAAGUUGGCUAUGAUUGUCGUGCCGAUGUCUGGUCGCUAGGCAUCACGUCGCUGGAAAUGGCCGAGGGCAAGCCACCGUACGCCGAUAUCCAUCCAAUGAGGGCCAUAUUCAUGAUUCCCAGUAUGCCCCCGCCAGUGUUCAAGCACCCGACCAAGUGGUCGCAGGAAUUCAUCGAUUUCCUGGCACAGUGCCUGGUGAAGAAUCCCGAGGAAAGACCGACCGCCACAACUCUCCUAGACAAAGGGUUUAUAAAGAAUGCCAAGCCACCGGCAUGUCUGAAGGAGAUGAUCGAGGAAGCUCUGCAGCUGAUGAAGGAGCCCAGGCAUGAGAGUGAUGAUGAAGAAACAGAAGCCGAUCAAAGCCUGGGAACGAUGAUAUCUCAUUCAGACUCGAGCAAGGAUAGCCGAUAUAGUCAGAGAUGGGCCGGUGGUUCAGGCAUUCCCUCGGAAGGAAAUACUAUGCUGCUCAGCCAGCCGAAUAGUGUACCAGUGUCAGAGCCUGGCUCAAUCCGAGCGUCGACGCAAAACACCAUGGUGGUGAACAGCGAGUCAGCACGCUCCACCAUGAGUGAGCAGAGCAACGGCACGGGCGGCACAGCGGCAAGCUACAGCAGUAUGGUCAUAUGCGAGGAUACACCAGACGCUACCAUGAAAUUGAUGGAUGGUUCUGCGUCCAACACUGCCCAGUCGGUAAGCGCUGACGGUGGUGCUGGGGCAGGUGCUCUGGCCGGCAAGCGCAAAGCGCGACAGGAGUAUCGGCCGUCCUACAUGGAUCACCUCGACAAGAUAGAGAACAAGUUUGCGCCUCCCUCGCAGUCCUCUCAAGCGAAGCCUGCAGGCCUGGGGUCGAGUGCCGACUAUUCCUUCCUGGCGAGCUUGUCGUACGAGGAGCUAGCCAGGAGGUUGUCCACCCUGGAUCCAAUGAUGGAGCAGGAGAUUGAAGAGCUGCGCCGAAGAUACCAGUCCAAGCGACAGCCCAUACUGGACGCUGUCGAUUCCAAGAGAAGGCGCAUUGCCGUGUCGCCAUAGCAAUCUAAGCUGCAGUCUUGUCACCGACCCACUGAGUUGUAUUUUCGUCCCCUUGAGGUACCAAUUGUAGUUACCUGUAGGCCCGGUAACCAACUCGUUGACACUAACGUAUUAUGAACGUCGUCACUGGACUAUGUAAUCUCAGCUCUUCGUAUGUUGUACAAACCAGGGAGUAGUAAAAUACUGGUAUUUUACUACUCCUGGUACAAACUCACCUUCAAGUUAGCGAGUUCGCACCACCACUACCACCGCUAUGUACAGUAUCGCAGCAUUUUGACUUUACCUACCAGCUGAGCACUAGCAAUGCUCGAUACUUUCUACUAGGAUUCUGUAGUGUUCCGGCGCCUGCCUUGUUUCAUGUAGCCGUGCUUUGGGAUGGUGGUGAGCUGAUCAGGUAUGCAAGACUACACUCAUUUCCCUAAACACUGACCAUCUGACGAAUUUUCACGAAACCUGGCUGAUUUUUUGAGUUUGUCCAUACUGAUCAUGUUUUGCGAUGUUCCUUGUCUAGCUGUACUGCAAUUCGACUUGCAUGAACUAAAUUCAAUUUAGCCUGUAUCCACUCCUUCUGCUAGUCCAUGACUGCACUCUGUGGAGGCUGUCCAUGCUUUCCAUGUACGGGACGGGAACAGGCGGCGCAUGCCUUGUAUAUGGAUGGCUGUGUGCAUAUGGCAGUGCAUUCAUAAUCUUUGCAACCCGGAUAAACUUUAUAAUGACAUUGAAUAUGCCCAAUGCUGUAGACAUUGAGUAUGCUGGUGUA